AUGCUGCCACAGCGCGUGGUUCCACAGGCACACCCGACUCUCUAUCGCACCAAUACACCCUUCGGCCUCGCGCUGCGCGGUGCUGCAGUUGUUGCUGCCAGUGGAAGUUGUCUCUCAUCUUCAUUGCGAAGCAUCACGGGUCGUGUUUCGUUGACAUCGCCAACGCAAGCCUACAUUAACUUUGACGACUUUGACGACGACUUGGACGACGACUUUGACGACGACUCCUGCUUCGAGUCGCUGUAA